AUGGCGGCAAACAUGCUCACGGAUUAUCUGAUGGGUAGGGCGAGUGAGAGUGUCAGACUCUUACUGAUUAAAACCCCCCUGUUCCUUCUCCUGCUCUGGGCCGAGGUCGCGGUGCCUCAUUGCGCUUACCCCGCAACCCCGGCUGAACAUCAGCCUUAUAGGGCCCCGUCCGUAGUGGUCUACUGGCUCUUUGAGGUGCGCGCGGAACGCUGCGCGCCGUACGCUCGACGCCUACCGCCGAGACAGGUGAACACGGUCGAAGGAUCGGGAGGUGUGAAAGAGAGAUGGGAAGGUCAUUGCCCAGCAGUGGGAGUGUGGGAUAUUACUAACUUUAAAAAAAAGGUAACGCCGCGUCGCCACAUUGCGCUUACCAAGAAACCCCGGCUGAACAUCAGCCCUAUAGGGCCCUGUCUGUGGUGGUCUAUUGACUCUUUGAGGCGCGCGCGGUACUCUACGCGCCGUACGCUCGGAUCUGGUUCUAGUCGGGCGGUGAGCUGCCCUAACUCGCCGUCCGCAGACCCGCGCUUACGGUAG